CAGAAGAUGCCAAGGCCAAACAAGUGGCUGUGCGCCUGUGCCACUCCUCUGCCCCUAGACUGUUGGCCCGGCCGGAGCUCCGGCAAAAGGAAUGGCCUUGCAGCGCCCCGCCCCGGCUACUCCCCUCCCCACAUGCCAUCACCGCCAGAACGCCGGCGUGCUCCUCCAGCGGCCAUCCCGGCGCCGUUUCCGGCCGAACGCGCAGAAAAAACCCGGGUCCGCGAGCCCGCGCACCGGCACGCCGUCCGGCUCCGAGUCGGACAACGUGGUCCUCAAGGCCGCCUGGUACGGCUCCGAGGCCCUCGGCAUCGCUGCGUCCUUCUUCCGGCCGCCGUCUCCUGAGGCCGACGCCGGUGCUACAGACGACGGCCCGUCGGAGUUCCAGCCCGUUGGCCGCGCGCAGGUCGCCGAGGCCAUCAAGGAUGACUUCGCGCGGUCAUACUUCGUCACAGGAAACCUCACGCUCGGGGCCUACGAAGACGACUGCGAGUUCGCCGACCCGGCGGGUUCAUUCAGAGGCCUGCAACGCUUCAAGAGGAACUGCACCAACUUCGGGUCACUGCUGGAGAAGUCCAACAUGAAGCUAACGAGAUGGGAGGAUGUCGAGGACAAAUCGAUCGGGCACUGGCGUUUCAGCUGCGUCAUGUCGUUCCCGUGGAGGCCCAUUCUCUCCGCAACCGGGUACACGGAGUACUACUUCGAUGCCGAGUCGGGGAAGGUGUGCAGGCAUGUCGAAAACUGGAACGUCCCCAAGAUGGCGCUCCUGCGGCAGAUAUUCAGGCCCAGCAGAUGGGUAUGUGAGAAAGAGAAACGCUAGAACGUGACCGAAGAUCCGUCCACCUAUGCUCAGGUUACGUUAGGAGGGCAAACGGGCGUGACGAGUUUGUUGCUUCCUUUGUUGCUCGCUUGGUACCGCAGCGCCCAGUUUGUAAACUAUAGCGUGCACUCUGAGAGUACAUGGAAGUUUUUCCGGACAACAUACGAGUGUAACUUGUUCGAGUUCCGUAUGAUCAUCAAAACUCAAAAGGGGUCUAUCAGCAAA